GGGUCUAUUUCAGCAAAGUCGCUGAACCUGGAGUAGACUUUACUCUUGCUACUCUAGUACAACCAAAAUGCAGCGCGGACUACCCAUGCAACCUACAGUUGUCCUCCUAAAGGAGGGCACCGACACCUCUCAAGGCAAACCGCAACUGCUAUCCAACAUCUCCGCAUGUCUCGCGAUCGCAGAGACGCUUGCCAGCACCCUUGGACCGCGAGGAAUGGACAAGUUGAUUAUCAACGAACGCGGUGAAGCUCAGAUCACCAAUGAUGGCGCGACGAUCCUCAAGCUUUUGGAUAUUGUUCACCCUGCUGCUCGUACACUUGUUGACAUCGCCCGAGCGCAGGAUGCCGAGGUUGGAGAUGGCACAACGAGUGUGGUUUUGCUUGCGGCACAGAUGCUGAAGGAGGUUCGAGGAUAUAUUGAGGAGGGCGUUAGCCCCCACAUUAUUAUGAAGGGUUUCCGCAAGGCUGCUCAGUUGGCUCUCGAGCGUAUCGAAGAGAUUCAGAUUACCGUGGACAAGUCAAAUGCUGAACAAUUCCGAGAACUACUCAUGAAAUGUGCUUCGACUUCAAUGUCUUCCAAAUUAAUCCAUUCAGAGAAGCCUUUCUUCUCCAACAUGGUUGUCAAUGCUGUCAUGUGUCUCGAUCAGGAAGAUCUUGACGAAAACCUUAUUGGUGUCAAGAAAAUCCCUGGUGGUGGAAUGCAAGAUUCUCAGCUCAUCCGCGGUGUUGCGUUCAAGAAGACUUUCACGUACGCAGGUGCUGAGCAGCAGCCAAAAGCUUUCAAGGACCCUCUCAUCCUCAGUUUGAAUGUCGAGCUCGAGUUAAAGGCCGAGAAGGAUAAUGCGGAAGUACGAGUGGAACAUGUCGCAGACUAUCAGGCGAUCGUGGACGCUGAGUGGGAGAUUAUCUUCCGCAAACUGCAGGCCAUUGAGAAGACCGGUGCUAAGGUGGUGCUCAGUAAGCUCCCGAUCGGUGAUUUGGCCACCCAGUGGUUUGCAGACAGGGAUAUCUUCUGCGCUGGUCGUGUCCCUAGCGGUGAUUUGCAGAGGGUUGUCCAAGCUGUCGGCGGCUCCAUUCAAUCUACCUGCUCCGACAUCAGGCGAGAACAUCUCGGCACAUGUGGAAGGUUCGAGGAGAGGCAGAUUGGCGGCGAGCGAUACAACGUAUUUGAGGAAUGCCCAAAAGCCAGGACGUGCACAUUGCUCUUGCGUGGCGGUGCUGAGCAAUUCAUCGAGGAGGUUGAACGCAGUCUUCACGAUGCCAUCAUGGUCGUGAAGCGGGCUGUGAAGAACGGCGACGUUGUUGCAGGCGGAGGAGCGAUCGAGAUGGAUCUUUCUGCACACAUUCGCAAACACGCUCUUUCCAUCCCUGGCAAACUCCAGCUCGUUAUGAUUGCGUUUGCCAAGUCUCUCGAGAUCAUUCCGCGACAAAUCUGCGAUAACGCUGGAAUAGACUCUACCGACAUUUUGAACAAGUUGCGUAUGAAGCACGCCAACGGAGCCCGGUGGUUCGGCGUAGAUGUUGACGGACCGGAAGGCGUCCGGGAUAACAUGGAUGCCUUUGUUUGGGAGCCUAGCUUGGUGAAAGUCAACGCUAUCUCUAGCGCCACUGAAGCGGCGUGCCUUAUCCUUAGCGUCGACGAGACCGUCCGCAAUCCUCAGAGUGAACAGCAAAACGCCGGGCCCAGGGCACCUCCCGGUACCGCUGCGCGGGCUAUGAGAGGACGGGGACGAGGUUUACCACGGCGGUGAUGGUUUGAUGGUUGUACAUGGCUGAACCGUAGAGUACCGUUUAUUUCGAAUGAAAGAAGUAGCUAAUGCGAAUUAUUUACUUUGCAAGGCUUGAUCGUGAUCACGUGUGAUCGGCACGUAGAUGUUCGCGCUCAAUCUGCUAUAACGCCAUCCUCUGGGUGAACACGCAAUAGUCGCCAUUGUUUGCGACUCCAAGCGUGGAGGUUAUGAAUUAUUUUUGCAUCUC